GAGCUCGCUGUGAGGAAUGUGCUCCGGGUUAUUACGGCAACCCCUCUCAACCCGGAGGCCGCUGCCAGCCGUGCCAGUGCAACAACAACAUCGACAUGUCAGACAUGGAGGCCUGCGACAGGCGGACCGGAGAGUGCAGGAAGUGCCUCUACAACGCCGAGGGCCCCAACUGUGGCAUUUGCAAGAGCAGCUACUUCGGGGACGCUUCCAGACGCAACUGCAGGAAGUGCACAUGUAACUUCCUGGGUACCGACCGUGAGCAGUGUAUGGAGCGUGAGGACUGUGUGUGCCAGCGUGCCACAGGGCAGUGCCAAUGUCUGCCGAACGUCAUCGGCCUGACAUGUGACCACUGCGCCCCCAACCACUGGAACCUGGCCAACGGGAAGGGAUGUGACGCCUGCGGCUGUGACCCCAACAACUCUGUCACCUCAUCAUGUAACGAGUUCACUGGGCAGUGUCAGUGUCGUGAUGGCUUUGGUGGGAAGACGUGCACAGACUGUCAGGAGAACUACUGGGGAGACCCGAGGACACAGUGCAGAGUGUGUGACUGUGACUGGCGAGGCAUCGAGUCCUCUCAGUGCAACAGGGUGACGGGCCACUGUGUGUGCCCGCAGGGGGUGUCGGGGGUCCGCUGUGACCAGUGUGCCCGAGGCUUCUCCGGACAGUUCCCCAACUGUCAGCCCUGUCACCAGUGCUUCGGGGACUGGGACCGCAUUGUGCAGGACCUAGCAGUGCGUACAAAGACUCUGGCAGAGCGUGCCCAUGAGAUUCAGACCACCGGGCUCACUGGGCCCUAUGAGAAGGCUUUCAAGGACCUGGAGGAAAAACUGAAACGAGCUCAGGAGAUUGUCAACGCGCGCAACGCCACCGCAGCAGCCGUCGCUACACUGAUGGAGCUUAUUGAAGAUCUUAG